AUGACAAAAAAGCUCUCUCCGAAGCAGUUUUUCGCAGAUUGCAGCCUUAUUCAUAACAAUAAUUACGAUUACACAAACUCCGUCUAUAAUGGAAGCCAGAGUCCAUUCACGUAUAUGUGUCCGAAGCAUGGGUUCAAAGUCCAAAUAGCCAACAGUCAUCGUUUGGGUUUCGGUUGCAUGGAUUGUGGAAGGGACAGGAGUGCCCAAAGACGAACACUAGGAACAUCACAAUUUGUCAUGCUCUCAAAACUUGGCCAAAAAUCUGACUAUGAUUAUUCUGAGUCUAACUAUACUCAUUCGCACGGAAGAGUGAAAAUAAAGUGUAGAACUCAUGGAGACUUUUAUCAAAUUGCAAGCUGCCAUUUACGUGGCUCCGGAUGUCAGAAAUGCUAUUACACAUCAAAGCUCGAGCCCAAACUGUGUUUGAAGAGUAGCAGUAAGAAACAAAAUGGAAUAUGUGAUAAGCGUGAGUGCUCAAGCAAAAUCGAAUGUACUACUGACCAAAGGAACAAAUUUGUUUUUGUGAUGAAUUUUGAGCCAAAAAUGAAUCAUCGUUCAUGCUACUCGAUUACAAAAUUGAAGAAAAUGAAAAAUGUGAAGAAGUAUGAUAUUAUUAUUGUAAAAUUCUUUCAAAAUGAAAAAGUUGGACGCCUAAAGGAGCAUUACGUUCAAUUUGAAGAUAUUAAUGUAUGUACAAAAUUGAAAUUGCGCAAAUAA